AUGGGCGAGUACUCGAAAGCACUUUCAUCGCACGAACGAGCACUUGAAAUCCGAAAAAUAGCCCUCCCUCCGAAUCAUCCCGACUUAGCUGCUUCCUACACCAACAUCGGUAUAGUGUAUAGACACAUGGGCGAGUACUCGAAAGCACUUUCAUCGUUUGAACGAGCACUUGAAAUCCGGAAAAUAGCUCUCCCUUCGAAUCAUCCCGACUUAGCUGCUUCCUACAACAACAUCGGUUCGGUGUAUGAUGACAUGGGCGAGUACUCGAAAGCACUAUCAUCGUAUGAACGAUCACUUGAAAUCAAAAAAAUAGCUCUCCCUCCGAAUCAUCCCAACUUGGCUUCUUCCUACCUCAACAUCGGUGUGGUGUAUAAAAACAUGGGCGAGUACCCGAAAGCACUUUCAUCGCACGAACGAUCACUUGAAAUCCAAAAAAUAGCUCUCCCUCCAAACCAUCCCGACUUGGCUUCUUCCUACAACAACAUCGGUAUGGUGUAUAAAGACAUGGGCGAGUACUCGAAAGCCCUUUCAUCGCACGAACGAUCACUUGAAAUCCGAAAAAUAGCUCUCCCUCCGAAUCAUCCCAACUUGGCUACUUCCUACAACAACAUCGGUAAUGUGUAUAAUAACAUGGGCGAGUACUCGAAAGCACUUUCAUAUUACGCAAAGGCGCAAGACAUAUGGAAAAAAUCACUACCUUCAAAUCAUCCACAUAUUGCACUUGUGAAAAGAAACAUUGACAUUGUGAAAGAGAAAAUGUAA